UGGAAAGUCAGAUAGGAAAGUGACAGAUGGUUUUCAUGAUCCAAAUACCGAAUAGUCAAAUAUAUUUCCAGAACCACACUAGCAGUAUUUUGCAGUACAACAAUUUAAUCCUGUUGCGUUUCCCUGAAGUGUGCUGCUGUGAUAUGCUGUUCAUGAAGCGCAUAACUGGCUUCUAAAAUCAUGAUUUGAGUGGAUUAGCUCGCAGCUGAGUAUAUCCGACGAUUCUUUGUGUUGGCUCAUCUUCGAUCUCAUCCACCAUGAUCAUCCCAUCCCGAUGUGUUAUUCUCGCCUAUAUAUCCGUGAUUUCUUUCUUCGCCUAUAAUGAUGGCGCUGCGACGAAUGAGCGCAGCGCCGACAUCAAGGAGGUCUCCGGACUGGAUCAGCUUUUCCAGGAGGAUCGCCAGAUUGCCAUUACCGUGUUGAACGCGGAUUAUCAGGGUGUUAUCAGCGAGAUUGGAUUGCUGCCGUUAGCGGGCAGUUAUGAACAUAUCACGAGUCGUAAUGCACGGGAAGAGGAGGAGAGGAAGUAUUUUGAGGUGGAUUCCGAAGCGGACGAUGAAAGUACCACGGCAGGUGAUACAGCUUUCGCCGCGGCAAUGAGCUAUAAACUGCGGACAAAACUGGAUGUUAAUGGAAAAUACCAAAUGUGGAAAAGCUUCGAAAAUGCAGCAUGGUUGGGCCAUGUGGAAGCACAAGAGUACGUCGCGAUGGAGUAUCUACUCGGAAAUGGACUGGCUCUCAACAUCUCCGGAGCAUGGGAAUUCUUCGAAAAUUUGAAAGAGAAAGCUCAUCCAUUGGGGCAAAUGGGCGCUGCUUUCUUGCACAGCACCGGAAUCGGUGGUGACACGCCGAGUCAGGCCCUGGCCCUGCUCCAUUACAUGUUUGCGGCGCUGGGCGGAAACACAUUUGCACAGAUGGCACUAGGAUAUCGUUACCUGUACGGUAGUAAUGUGGAGAGUAAAUGUGAGCAGGCCUUGCAUUUCUACCGGAAAGCCGCCUCCAAAGUUGUUGAUCAUGUUCCUAUUACUGGUGGACCAUCCAUUCAGAAAAUUCGUCUGUAUGAAGAAUGGGAAAAUCCAGGCGUGAAUAAUAAUAUGGACGAUGAUUUGAUGCAGUAUUAUACGUUUAUCGCCAAUAAAGGGGACACGUCGGCUCAGGUUAUUCUGGGCCAGUUGUACUUACAAGGCGGUCGCGGUGUGCCGCAAGAUCGUUUGAUGGCCCUCCGGUAUUUCGAGAAAGCCUACGAAGGGGAAAGUGUUAAUGCCGGAGCAUUCUUGGGUCGGAUGUAUUUGGAGGGAUCCGCGGAGGUGCCGCAGGAUAAUGCGACGGCAUUGCAUUACUUCAGACAGGCCGCGGAACGCGGGAAUGCCAUGGGACAGAGUGGAUUGGGGCUGGUAUACCUGUAUGGACGCGGUGUCGAUGUGGAUUACAAAUUAGCGGCGCACUACUUCAAAUUGUCAGCCGAUCAGAGUUACGUCGAUGGACAAGCCAUGAUGGCGGUGAUGUAUUUCCAUGGAUUGGGUGUGGAGCGGGAUCUGGGGAAAGCCAUUAAACUCUUCAACCAGGCGUCACAAAGUGGCAGCAUCAUGUCCGUUUUCUAUUUGGCUGAAAUCAAUGCGUUCGGCUUUGGCGUGGCACGAAUGUGCAAAACCGCAGUCGAGUUGUAUAAAAGUGUUGCCGAACGCGGUCGCUGGUCGACCAUGUUUAUGGAUGCGUUUAACGACUACAAAAAGGGCGAUCUCAAUCGUGCUCUGGUCAAGUACAUGUUUCUGGCCGAUAUGGGCUACGAAGUGGCGCAGAGCAAUACCGCGUUCCUGCUGGAUAAAAAUGAACCACUGGCGCUGGGUUUCCCACAGAAUGAAUCCUUCGGACGCGCCAUCAUCUACUGGGAACGGGCGGCCGCCCAGGGCUACAAUAUGGCCCGCAUCAAGCUGGGUGACUAUCAUUAUUACGGUCUGGGCACGGAGGUCGACUACGAGGAAGCCAUGGCCAAUUACCGCCAGAUUGAGCAGAGUAACAAUGCACAGGCGCUGUUCAAUUUGGGCUACAUGUACCAGGCGGGGUUGGGCGUGAAACAGGAUCUGCAUUUGGCAAAACGAUAUUACGACCGCGCGGCGGAAACUAGUGUGGAUGCCCAUGCGCCGGUGACGCUGGCAUUGAUGAGUCUCGGUGCGCUGUUCGUGUGGAAUCAGAUUUUCAGCUCCGUGUACAAUUUCUCGAUGCCGGACUCCAUAAGUGGUGCCAUAUUGCAUUCCGCCGUGGAAUACUGGGAUCUCUAUCUGGCCGCCGGCUUAGCCUGCAUCCUGAUCAGUGUGCUGAUCAUUAUGCAGCGUGUCACGCAGGAAUUAGCUCGGCAGCGCAAUGAACGCCGUCGUGCCACCGUUGACACGCACCGGCAGAAUGUCCAGCGGGCGCAACAGCAAUCCGCCAACGCCCACGGUGAUGCGCGGCCCUCCUCGUCAUCCUCGUCCGAGACGCACUCCUCGCAGGCCUCCUCCUCGUCAUCAUCCACCGGGUCGGCGGAUUCCAGCGGUGUGCGGCAGAGGAAUGUGGCGGGGAAUCAGAACAUGGAGAAUCCCGAUUGAAAAGUGCCGGGGAAUCUGGCUGGGCCGGUGGGAUGGUGCAUAAGUUGUGAUGGGGGAGUUUCUAUAUUGUUGUUCGCUGAUUUAUCAUUUUUUUGUUCUUAGUUGUAUGAUGGAAAAUUAUUAGCUAAAUUAUGGGAUUAUUUUAACUGACCGGGGAUUUGUGAAUACGGAUCGAAAGAACGAAGAUGAAAGAUACGACACUGAGCUGUCAGUUAGAGAACUGCUUAAAAGUUGAGCGAGCCCUGAAAGGUUAACGAAAUCAAGAGACAGAUUUGGGAAAGGCAGUUUAUAUUGCUUUAUAAUAAGCAUUUUUCCCUUUCCAUUCGACUGACAAAAGAAAAUUCUAGGGUUUUUCCUUGAAGCACUUUUGGCAAAGCUUAUUUUCCAAAUUCAAUUUGGUAGAAAGUUUUGUCGAAGUAUUGUUGGUACUUAUUGUUGAAGUCUGCGAUUCCGCUGUAGCAUGAUG